GGGCGACAACUUGUGGAGCGGAUUUUUGGUAGACAUCGCUACACGCCAAAACAUAAACAAACAAUACUAAACGUCUGUGAUUGACGAGCCAUAUAAGUAUUGGUCCAGCGCACGAGUUGUUGCACGUUUCCACCGGAGGGCGCCGGCGGUAUGAUAUCCGCGGAUGACACGAUCGCGGUUGACGUCGGCUCGUUUUGGGAGGUCGGGAACUACCGGCGGACAGUCAAGCGCGUGGACGAUGGUCACCUUGCGUGUAAGGAGUUUGUGCAGAUGGUGAAGGAGCGGUGCGACAUAGAGCAGAAGUAUGCCACCCUGCUGAAGGAACACGGAGAGAGGUGGAAGAAGAAGCUUGACCACGGCGCCACAUACGGAACAACAAAGUCUGCGUGGAAGGGCAUGCUCAAGGAGGAAGAGGAUCUGCAUGACAUUCACAUGGAGGUGCGAGACAACCUGACGGACCAGGUCGCCGUGACGGUGAAGAACUGGCAGAAGGAGAACUACACGAAGCAGACGAUACCUCGAGGCUACCACACGAGACAGGCGAAGGAGAUGGAGGAAAACUUCAAGAGGAAGGACAAGUUGAAGGAGAGAGUGGAGAAGCUGGCAGAUGAGAGCGCGCGCACAAAGCUGAAGUACGAGCAGACGAUCAAGGAACUCAACAACAUGAACGCGGGUUACAUGGAGGACAUGCGACAGGUGUUCGAACACUGUCAGUCUAUGGAGCAGAAACGAAUCGACUUCUUCAAGAAGGCCAUGCUGGAUGUACACCGAUGUCUGAAUCUCGACGGCAGCCCCAAAAUCAAAAUGGCGUACGUGGACAUGCAAGUGGCGACUGAGGUUGCUGACAGUCACCUAGAUGCAAAGUACUGGUCUGACAACUACGGCGUUGGCAUGGCGAUGAACUGGCCGGUGUUUGAGGAGUUUGAUCCGGACGCGCCCGUCACGUCGACCGCCUCCAGGAAGUCUCGCUUCAUGGGGGGCGCGGGGAACGAGGGAGCGCUGCUAGCGCCCAGCAACUCCAAGUUAGCCACCAUCACUCAGAAAUCCCCUGCGGGAACGUUCUUCCGUAAGAUCCUAGCUCCCAAAAACCCCUUUGGGGAUGAGAACGCCGACGAAGACAGCGAACCUGAGGAUGUGCUGGCGCCCUCUGUUGAGGAGGAGAGCAUGAGGACGAGUGCGCUACCAGAGGUGUCCGUCCGUCUGAACAAGACUUUCGUGCCAAAGAACCCGUUUGAUAGCGACAUGAGUAGUGAGGAGGAAGAAACUGUGCGAGCGACGCGCUACCACAAGGUGGCGCCCUCGCCUGACCCACCGCGCAAGGUGGCGCCCUCGCCUGACCCACCGCGCAAGGUGGCGCCCUCGCCUGACCCACCGCGCAAGGUGGCGCCCUCGCCUGACCCACCGCGCAAGGUGGCGCCCUCGCCUGACCCACCGCGCAAGGUGGCGCCCUCGCCUGACCCACCGCGCAAGGUGGCGCCCUCACCCUCGCCCUCGAGUGAGACAGCAUCUUCGCCGGAAACGCCGCCCGAGAUGCCGCGUAAAGUGGCGCCCCCGCCGCCAUCGCCGCCGCCAAAGUACGAUACGUUGCACGGAGCCUGCAUGCACCGGGCGAAUCUCGUGACACACUGCCACCACCUGCUGGUUGACCUUGCGGCCUGA